UUUGGCUGUAGCGAGGCUGCCAAGUUGGUGCAGCAGCAGCUGCUCUCGUGAACUCGCGGGCUUCCCGUUAACUUCCUUGCAAUCAAGUGUUUCAGAAUAAGGGUGAUGAGGCCUGAAAUGUUUUCUCAAACGAGAGACUGCCAUUGCUUUCUGUUACUCAGUUUAUUUCUUUGUGGAAUCACCAGCAGUUGUUUGGCUGGCAAGCUGGAACAUGCACAGCCCACAGCGAUGUAACACCAGAAGAUGGCAGAGCUGCAGGAGCUUGGGGACCCUCUGGGGGAGGGUGCUUUGGGGGCUGCUGCAGUUACUGGUCCCUGCUUGGCUGGCAACAGGCUUAAUAUUGAUGUCUACGUGGAUGGCUGUCACCAGUUCUUCAAGCUACUGGAAAUGAGAAGGGAAGAAGUGGUACAGGUGGAAUUCUUGCGACUGAAUUGCAAUGAGGAUCUUAUCACUUCCACACUGAGCCAUAUUCCUAUCUUGAAGGCUUUAAAAUCUCUGGUACUCAAAGGUGGGCAUGCCAGGGAUAAAGUUGGUGCUCCUCAGAGAGGAUUUCUGGCAUUUUUACCUCAGGAGUUUGGGCACCUCCGCAACCUUGUUCACCUAGAUCUCAGCUUCAAUAGCUUCACUAUUCUGCCUUCUUGCAUCACAGAGCUGGCUAGCCUCAAGAAUCUCCUGGUGUGCCACAACAGCUUACAGGGACUUCCUGAGGACUUUGGUCGGCUCACCAAGUUGACUUUCUUCUCUGCCAUGAAAAAUAAGAUCAGACAUCUGCCACAGAGUAUAGGGGGGCUGGCAGCACUGCAGACCCUGGACCUCUCUGAAAAUGCACUGGACACACUCCCUGAAGAGAUUGGGAACCUGCGUAGUUGCACAGAGCUGGAUCUAUCAGGAAAUCAAUUAACAGGAAUCCCCAGCUCUCUUGCCAAAUUGCAGUCUCUACAGCGGCUGCAUCUUCACAGCAAUCUUCUGGUGACAGUUCCUGCAUCCCUUGCCCGCCUUCCUGACUUGUCCAGGCUUGAUCUGCAGAAUAACAGACUGCGCAUCAUCUCUCCAGAGAUCCAGAGUUCUCCCUUUGUGCAUCUCCGUGGUAAUCCUCUAGGAGAACCUGAAGUGCCUCUGCAGCCAGAUGAUUCCAGCUCAGAAGAAUUACGAACACUGUUUCUUGCUGCUAGUGAUGAUAGAUUUACCGUGACUCCAGAAGGCUGUAAGGUUAUCCUGACCUGUGGUGUCCAGUUUUGCUUCCCCCGUGGGGCUGUCACUUCUUCAGUAACCAUUUGCUUCCAGGAGUGUUCUCCUGAUCCACAGUGGGUGAAACUGAAACAUCAUGACAUCCUGCUAAGCCAAGUCCUAGAGCUGCAGCCUCAUGGGAUUGAAUUCCAGGAGGAGGUGGAGAUCUGGAUGCCUUAUGCCUUUACUCAGAGUCUUCAUGAGCGUGAAGUCAUAAUCCGAACCUUCAGUGGGCAGAAGUGGAGUGAUCUAAGGUCCAAAGUGGAGUGGAAAGGGAAGAUGCUUCUAGCCUGCUGCAGUGUCCCUCAUUUCUCCUGGUUCUUGGUUGUAUCUCAACUCGUGGUAAAUGAAUGCAGUGUCCCUAAGGAAGGGACAUUGCUUUUUUCAACUGUCAACCCUAACAUCAAAGUGACCUUUCCUCAUGGUGUGACUGAGGAGCCUCGGAAAGUGAUGCUUCAGGUGUUGCCUGUAUCCGUGGAGGAGCUACUGGAGAUCACAGGUGACUCUGAGACUGUUGCCAGUCCUCUUCUUUCUCUGUCUCAGAAUUCUACUAUGGACUUCCUCCAGCCCAUCAAAAUUCAGCUCCCGCUGCCUCCAGGAGUCACAGGCCUAACCUUGGAUCGGUCCAGGGUGCAUCUUCUGCAUGGUGACUGGAAAGCCCAGAACUGGAAUGACAUCACAGACCAAGUGGUGCUAGAGUUCACCCACCUCUAUGCUUUGUUUGAAGUCACCCACUUUUCCUGGUAUUGGCUGUGGUAUACCACUAAGACAUACAUUAGCGGCUUUGCCAAAGAGGUCUACAAAAGAUUGCGCAUGUACCAGGUGAACUUCAUAGCUCUACAGAGGAAGAAAGAUCCUGAACAAGUCUUGUUACAGUGUGUACCAAAGCACAAGGUUGAUCCUGUUUUGAAAAAACUCCACGAUAGAUACCAAGGCCCUGAACCAUCUGACAUGGUGGAGAUGUUUGAAGGAGAGCAGUUCUUUGCAGCUUUUGAACGAGGCAUCAACAUCGAUGCAGACCGCCCAGACUGCAUUGAUGGAAGAAUUUCAUUCAGUUUUUAUUCUCACUUGAAAAAUCUGAAGGAAGUCUAUAUUACUUCGGAAGUGGACAGAAAAAGCAAAGCUGUGAAGGGGCAGGUUUCCUUUUAUCGAGGAGCUAUUCCAGAGAACAUUCCUGAAGAGGCUACCAAAAAGAGAAAAGGCCCCAACUCCCACUGGCUUGCUACUUUGCCAAUCAAGCUACCUAAACUGAAAUCUCAGGGGAAUGAGUUACCUACAGCCAAAAAUGGCUUCUCCCUCCCUUCUUUGAAUUUGGGGAGUGCUGAAACUGGUUAUUUGACGCAAUCUAAUCUGCUUAGUGUUGCGGGACGCAUUGGAGCUGAUUGGCAGACGGUUGGUUUGAAUCUGGGUUUUUCUUAUCAGCAGAUUCAGCAGAUAAAAUACAAUAACAGGGAAGAUCUCAGUGCUCAGAUCCAGGAUAUGCUCUUUUCUUGGGCUCAGCAAAAUAAAAGGACCCCUGACUGCAUAGACAGGUUGAUCAGCUCAAUGAAGGAGAGUGGCCGCCAAGACAUAGCAGAUGAGAUUGAAGACAUCAUCUCCCUGGGAAGACAGAAAUAUAGAGAAUCCAUCCAGAGAGUGGGCCUGGACCAGGAAAGCAGUGCUGAAGACUCUGCUAUUGCCAUGAUGUAACUGCUGUGUAAAGCCCACUUUGACUUACCUGGGGUUUGGUCCAGUAGAAGGUGCUGUCAGUGGAAGGGAUUCAUGGUCACAGGUAUUCUCUGCUACCCCCCGCUCCCCAGCAGUCCCUUCCAACCCUGGGAAAGCUGAUUCCUGGGAUCGCCGGAUCUAUGUGGAGAAUAGCUGUGCAGGUCAGUGGGCUGCAGGGAAAAUCAGUUCGUGUUGUAAGCAGAAGGUAUGCUAGCACCACACAGGGAUUGACUGCAGUAAGCCACACGUGGCUCCCAUGCCUCUGAGUAUCACCCUGUUAGACCAACAGGUAUGAAACUAGUAUAUAACAACAAAUGAAACAAUACACACAUUCAAUUCAAGGGCUGAGGCAUUUCACAGGACCCUUUUGAUUGUAUGCUUGGACUUUGCUGGAACUGGAAUGUCCUUCUGAGUCUGGAACUGACUCAGUAAAGUGGAAACAUUCUGCAUCUCUAAAUACUGCUCGUUUUGUUGUUUAUUACUUAGGUUGUAAAAACAGUAAGAUGUAAAGUAAAACUAAAGUAAAUGUUGACAGUUGGGUCACUUUAAUAUA